AUGAUUAUGCUAUGUAGGUGCAGGAGUAGAUUAGCUUUCAGUUUAAAUAUUUCCUGCUUUUAACUGGUAAAGUAAUUACCGAUAUCUACUUUUACGUCCUACUUUUAACUGGUAAUGUUCAUUCUAACUUUAACCCAUUUCUCUCAUAGACACUUACCUAGAACUUAAAUGCAGAAAUGUCUUGCUAUGGAAGAAUCUUUUUUUUUGUGAUGGUCCUUUUCGUACUGAUUCUGUAUUCCCUCUUGUACUAUUGGGUAACACAAAACUCUCUCUCAUCAAAGUCGACAGGGCUGAUUGACCUCUGUCAAGGUGAGAUUGCCAGGGAUACAAUCACAGCAUUACAAUAUAAUAAAACAUUUAUAAUAGCACCAUACUUUGACAAAAGACAAAUAAACCUCACUCGUGUCAUUGGGAUUGUACACCAUAAUGAAGUAAGAGAUCUUUAUUGCUGGUUUUGUUGUCAAUCUGAUGGCAAGGUAUCUGUGGAAAGGGCAGCAAUAGAUGUUCAUUCAGAUCUAUUUGGAUUCCCUUAUGGUACAGCAGAUUUACUUUGUGUGGAGCCCCAAAACUGUGAUCCAAACUAUGUGUCAAUUCAUUGGUCCCCUAAAGGAAAUAUUGUCCAGCUACCAAGGUUUGAAAUAAAAAACCGUGAAGACAAGACCCUUUCUGUUGAAUUCACUGUGUGCAUCUCUACCAUGUUUGGAAAUUACAACAAUGUCUUACAAUUCAUACAGAGCAUUGAGAUGUAUAAAAUUCUUGGGGCACAGAAAGUUGUUAUCUAUAAGAACAGCUGCAGCCAAUUGAUGGAGAAAGCCUUAGAAUUUUAUAUUGCAGAAGGAACUGUUGAGAUAAUUCCCUGGCCAAUUACUUCAUACUUUAACGUUUCUUCUUACUGGCAUUUUUCUAUGGAUACCAAAGACGUUGGCUACUAUGGACAAAUUACUGCUCUAAAUGAUUGUGUUUACCGCAACAUGUACAGGAGCAAGUUUGUGCUUCUUAAUGAUAUUGAUGAAAUUAUUCUCCCCAUUAAACACCUGAACUGGAAAACAAUGAUGAGCAGCCUUCAGGAGCAAAAUCCAGGGACUGGCAUUUUCCUCUUUGAGAACCACAUCUUCCCUAAAACUGUGUAUUCUUCGAAUGAGGCAUUCAACAUUUCAUCCUGGAGCGCUGUACCAGGGGUCAACAUACUCCAGCAUAUUUAUAAAGAGCCUGAUAGACCAUGGGCCUUCAGUCCUAGGAAAAUGAUAGUUGAUCCAAAGAAAGUGAUUCAGACUUCCGUCCACUCUGUUCUAAAGGCCUAUGGAAGCAGCCUAGAAGUUUCCAGGGACAUUGCAAUUACUUAUCAUUGCAGAGACCCUCUCCAAGGAAACAUACCUAAAAAAUUUCUCACUAAGGAUCCAACCCUCUGGAGAUAUAACUUGUCUUUGAUUAAGAAUGUUAACAAAGUGCUAAAAAAGCAGUACUUCAAAUGGACCAUGAAAAAAAUAUUGCAGAUAUUCUCAGAAGCCAUUGGAAACACCUUUAAAGGGACAGUUAUAGACAUUUCUACUUUAUAAAUCCUAAGGCCCUCAUUUGUAAGUGGGCAAACCAGUUUAGUCAUAAUUUUGCAGCAUUGAAAAUGAGACCUGGAAAAGCAAUCCUACUCAUGGUAAAAUCUACUGUAAAUUAAAAGCAUAAGUGAGCCAUAAAGAGAUGUGAUGCAAGUAUGUUAAGAAUUGUGGUAUGAUAUUGUUAAAUGUCUCUCUCUCUUUCUUUCUUGCUUUAAUCCUAUCUAAAGAAGCUGAAAAUACAUUGUACAUAAUCUCAGCACUUUCCUUAUGUUUAUGGAAUCAUAACUUGGUUAUGUUAUUUAUUUAGGGAUCAGAGUAUUGCUCUACUUCUAGAAAUAGGAGGACAAGGUAAAACUCCAAACGUACCUUCCCUAGCUUAGCAGUUAAGAGCUCCUCAGCUUUAAAGGUGGUGGUCUUUAAAUAAAUGUGUUAAAUAUUUGGUUUUAAUAUUUUCUUUCUUUAGGCAUUGUAAUCUGUUAUUAGGAAAUUAUUGAAUUAGAACAUAACAAAGAAAGUAAUAUAGCAAAAUGACCAUUUUGCUUUGUGUUGUUUCUAAUCCAUGCGUUACUCCAGUGAGUUUGACUGCAUAGGUUAAUGUAAAUUCAGUCUAUGAACUUUACAACUAAUUUUAUCAUUCCUUGUUCAAAAAGGAGCAUAGAAAGAGGUGGUUUUAUUUAGUGUUGUAAGUUUCCCCUUAUGCCAGCAGCCAUAUGAUCUCUGAAUUGCUAGCUUUGCCAGCUGAUAUUUCACAAUGUCUCACA